AUGACCACGACCAGUGAUACCAAGACGCCCACCGCGGCGACAACAGCAGCAGCCGGCAGCAGCGCCGCCGCCCUACACCUAGCUCUGCCAGGCAGCAAGCCAGCGACGCCAUCGGGAACCAGCACGCCAACUCGCGCCUCGCGCAGCAACUCGGCCGUCGGCUCGUCGCCCAACAAGGCGCGCUUGCCCUCCCUCAAGCAGCUCUCUGACCGCUUAAGCACGCUGUCCGCGGCGCCACCAGCGGCCGACAAGUCGACCACCGCAGCGCUCAGCGAAAUCACCACCAACGUUCCCGUUCCGGCUCCGGCGGCCAGCCCGUCCUCGACGCCGUCGCGCCUCAAGCUGCCAGCGAGCGCAAUCUCGCGCGCCCACCUCACCACCGGCGCGUCAUCUGUGCGCAGCGACGACGCGGCACGGGCCAGCUCGCCCGAGGGCAGCGUGCGCUCCGAUAAGGGCAAGGAUGUGGCGUCGUCGGCGCCUCCUUCAGACAGUGAGGGCAAGGACAAGGACAAGGACGCGGCCGAUAUCGGCGAGGUGCGCCUGCGUGUUGGCCGUGGUCUCGGUGUCGGGCUUCCUGGCGCCGCGACCGCGACUGCGCCAGAGACGCCGGUGAAGAAGGACGCCGGGGGCAGUGCUGUGCCCACUACGAUCGUGACGGUCGCGACGCCAGACAAGGGCAGCGGCGGUGCGAGUGCAGAGGGGUCGAGCAACGCCAAGCUAGGCAGCGCCGCGCCGUCCGCAGCUGCGAUUCAGGCUGUUCGCGAGCGUGGAGAGCUUCCUCUGGCCCAUACAUGGACGCUCAAGUAUGACUCCAAGACGUACAAGCCCGACCCUGCUACUUUGCCCAAGGGCGGCGAGGUCUUGAACGAGUGGGAGGCGACACUGCUCAAUGUCGGGACGGUCGACUCGGUGCAGGGCUUUGCGCGUCUCAUGAACAAUAUCCGCCUGCCAGGCAAGCUGCCCAAGGGCGCAAACUACCACCUGUUCAAGGAUGGUAUCCGCCCGAUGUGGGAAGAUCCCGCCAAUCUCGACGGCGGCAAGUGGGUUCUUCUGUUCCGCAACAACCCCGUUGCGUUUGACGCGGCCUGGGCGAAUCUGGUCAUGGGUCUCGUGGGCGAGAUCACCGAUGCCGAUGACCAGGUCUGUGGCAUUGUCGCGUCUGCCAGGCCAAAGCUCGACCGUAUCCAGGUGUGGACGCGAGGUCGCGAGGACGCCGUGGCUAUCAACGCCCUUGGCGCACGUAUCCUCGAGACGAUGGCUCUUGAUCCCCGUGAGCAGGAGGCCGUGUCAAUGGAGUUCCAGUUCAACGCAAAGGACACGACCCCCGCUGGCGGCAAGUUUAUGCGUAUCCUCUCGUCGCAGCGUUCGUUUACGACGGCGCCCACGAGCACUGAGAGCCGCCCCCGUUCGGCUCGCGUCCCAAGUUCGCCGCUUGCGACCCCGGGCGGAUUCAGCAACAUGGGCCCGCCUCCCGUUCCGCCGCUUCCGCUUCCAGGCUCGCCGUCUCAGCAGGCGACGCCGAUGCGCCGUACGGGGUCGGCCGCUAGCGGUGGUGUCGGCGGUAACCCGUUUGCUGGUCCGAUGGGAGCUGCUGUCAACACGCCGCGCCGUCUGGUCAGCACGCCUGCGCUCGAUAGUUAUCCUUCGUCUCCCCGCCCGGGAGCGUAG